ACACACACACACACACACACACACACACACACACACACACACACACUCCUGGCUCUGGUCUUUCCUCUGUUUCUAUUUCAGCUCAGCUCUCUCAGACGCCGGUCAUGGCUCGCUGCUGGAGUCACCUACGAGGACUCGCCAUCUGCGUCACAGUGCUGCUGUUGGUGUCCGGCAUGGUGAUGAUUGGAGUCGGAUUUUCCUCUAUUGAUGGCAACGUGCCCGUAGCAGAGUUAUUUGACCAGUUGUCCAUUGGUGACGGUUUACUGGUGCUGCAGGUGUUUGGUCCAAUCACAGUGGUUCUGUCUGUUCUGGGCAUUUGUGGUGCGUCUUCAAACUACAAACCUCUGCUGCUGAUGUUCUCUGCUCUGAUUUUUGUGGAGUUUGUGGCAUUGAUGGUCGUGGCCUCACCGCUGGUUCAAGUUCAAGCCGAGAUGGACCGCAUGGUGGAUGACAUCUUUCUGAACACGACUCCUCUUCAUCGAGCUGACUCGUACAUCCAGAGUGAGCUGGAGAAACUCCAGACUUCAGACUCCUGCUGCGGUUUGAGGAGUUUUGAAGACUGGCAGAAUCAACUCCCCGAAUCCUGCUUCUGUUCACUUCCUGCUUCGGAAUCAGUCCUGAGCUCUCUGCUCCGCAACGCCAGCUCAGAUGGAUCCUGUGUGAUGGUCACCAGGCACCAAUCGGACCCAAAGUCCUCCGAUAAAAGUUGGGUCCACUCCAAGCCUUGUGGUCUGAUCCUCAGGAGCUACCUGAGUUUCCCCGUAAAGCUCCGAAUCGGAAUCAUCUCAGCUUUCGCCACCCUGACGAUUACGGCCAUCGGUCUGUGUCUCUCUCUGGGUCUGGAGGAAUACUGGAGGACGCCUCCGGUAGAAACAACCACUGACGACUUCAACAGAGUGAAAUACCAACCUAAACCUUCCUUGUCCUGACCUUUGACCUUUCAUAGACCCUGAUGCCUUCUGGUGGAUCCAUAAUCCACAGUGGAACUUGUCGCUGUGAGCAGAAAUUAGGGUUCAAAUCUAAACGAUGUGACAAAUAAACCCUCAGCUAGUUCAGGUAUGUUCCCUAAAUCAUGUAUGCGAUGUAAAAACUGGGAGGGGGAGGGGGGGUGAUGGG